AUGGAUAGUCUUUACUCAAAAUAUAUCGUCCCCAUAUAACCAGAGAAAAAGCAAUCCUAAUCUCCGAAUUCAUAAGUAGCAUUAAACAAUAUUCAAGUAUAAUUUUCAUUUAGAUAUUAGCAAUUACUAGAGGAUUAUAGUCCUUCAAAUCGUAAACUUAGCUUUUCUGAAUACAGAGGUUAAGAACUAAAAGACUCAUAGCAACUGUCUAGUCAAAACAAAUUGAGUCAAGAUUUCCCAAGCGAAUUCAUCAAUUCUCAAGUAAGAAAUAUUGAUAUAUCAUAAAAAUAGAUUAAAAAAGAAUAAAUCAGUAUUGAUAUGAAUAAAAAAGAGCAGUAGGACUUUUAAUUCUUGAAAGACGAUUAACUAAUGUAAACUAAUACUAUAAUUGAAUCGCCAACAAAGAUUAAUGGAGAUGAUUCGCCAAAGAAAAAUAAAUUUAAAGCUUUCGGAAAUUUACUACUCAGUAUUAGAAGGAUGUAAUAGAACAUAGUCGAACAUAUUUCAAAUCUAGUAUGUUAAUUAUAUAUGUUUUAUUAGGAUUAAUUAAAAGAAACUAUGAUAUAACCAUCCACCAACAUGAAUGUUUCAAAAAUACAUCCAGAACCCUCAUCAAGAGACUGUGAAAAUGUUAAUGAAAUCUUAUCAAACUUGAAAUUAGUAGAUAGAUUCAUUUAUUAUUGCGAAUAAGGUUCCUAAUCAGAUAUUCAAAAUAUGAUCAAAUUAUUAAAAGUGUAUCCAAAAAAGUAUAUGAUUAUUAUUUAUAACUUAGACACUUGUAUUGUCCUACUGAUCCAAAACAUAUACUAAAUUCGUUCAAUAAGUUUGGAUAAAACUCUUUAUAUAUAUCAUGUAAAAAUGGCAAUAUUGAGGUUAUCAAAUUCUUAUUAGAUUAAUAAGCCAAUCCUUUUAUUAAAAGCAAAGUUUAUGAAAACUUUUAUGAAUCUCCUUUAGAAGUCUCAAUUAGAUGGAAUCAUUAUAAUUGUGUUCAAUUAUUAUUAGAAAAAUCUAACUAUUCAAAUAAAGAGUUAAAGGCAGCCAUUCGAUAAGCUUCAAAUCCUCAAAUAAAACAACUCAUUAAAUCAAAUCUCAAAGCAGACACUCUUUGCUGUUUUUGA